GUUUGGAAGCCUGAAGAAUCUAUUCCCUGGAUUUAAAAAUAAGUUUAUGCUUUCUAGUUUAAAAGAAUGGGAAUAUCACUUUUCUGUGUUGUCAUCGUACUUUUCACUUCACUAAUAGGAGCUUUAGAAGUGGAGAUCUUUCCCUCACCACUGGAAGUUUUAGCAAAUGAGGAUGCUCUUUUAAAAUGUGAAUAUAAAGAACCAGAAUCUGACCUCUCAUAUGUAGCUGUUCAAUGGGUUUUAACAUCACAAACAGUCCAGAAAGAUGUGUAUGUAUUCAAUGGAGGAAAUCAUCAACCAAUCAGAAAUGGAGCAAAGAUUUUUGACAAUGCUUUACGGAAAGGAAAUGCUUCACUUUACCUUCCAAAUGUGAAACUUUAUGAAGAAGGAACAUACACCUGCAUUGUUUUAGUUACUCCCCAGAAAGAAGAAAAGAGUUCAGUGAUGCAAGUAUCAGUCCAACCAAAAGUCAGCAUGUCUAAACAAGAAAUCAAAACUGAAAACGGUGUACAGCACUUUUUGGAAUGUGAUGUUAAAGAAUUUUAUCCUAAACCGAUCAAUGUUAGUUGGUUCAAGUUAUCAAAUGGAAAAAUGGAAUAUGUUUCAACAAGCCAUUCAACUGAGGAUAUCGUUAUGAACAGUGAUGGAACAUUCAGUGUUUCCAUUAAAGUGAAAACUGAACCAAUGUUGAAUGAACAAACUGACUACAGAUGUGUAGUGGAACAUAAAACCAUUUUUGACCAUUUUACACUGGAUGCUGACAGUGCUGCAGAAAAAAUACCAACUGUAUACCACAUUAUUGGAGGCGUUGCUGGCUUUAUUUUCUGUGCAAUAUGUAUAGGAGUUUGUGUAGGACUUUGUAUCCGGUACAAAAAAUCGAAAGGACAACAAGAAGCAGAAGAAGCUAGACAAGAAUCUGAAAGGUCUUUGCUACUUCCAAAAGAAUCUCAAGAAAUCUGUAAAGACCAAGAAAGCCAUACGCAUGAGAGUAUGCAAGGCACUGAUCACCACAACCGAGAUGAGUUGCAAGAUUAAAGUAACCAGAAAGCUGAAGUUGGCAUUAAUCAAGAAGAGAAUCCAAGUCAAUAGUGAACCAUCAAGUGUAAGGACACUUGCUGUGACAUUUCGACCACAUCAAGAUAUUCUUCUACCGUAAGAUCAUGUUGAACUCAUGGGUGUGAAGAGAUCUCAAACUACACUAAAGGAGUCGUGCGAGCCUUCUGCUGUUACUGAAGAAGCUGUGAAUGGAUCAUCAUUGCCUGAUGUUACUGGCCAUUUUGAACAAUUUAGUUCAAUAAAUUUAUACUUAUCGGUUUAGUAUUAAUGCUGUUUCCUCUGGUGGAAAAUUUUGAGUGCUUGAUGAAAGUCAUCACGGGCCACUCCAAGGAGCAUAAAUUGAUUGUCAGGAGCCAUGAUGAGGGGAAGCAGUACCGAUCUACUCCUAUUCUCUAAUGGCAGAGUAAUCAGGUUAGCCAUGUCCCCUGGGCAGCAGCAAAAUCAGUUACAGGGCAGAAUUUCACAGAAAUGAGAGAGGGGACAUAUCAUUCACCCAACAACCCUCACCCCUCCACCAACAGAAUAAAUUUGAUCCUGAUCAGCUGUCACCUUUAAGUCAGUAGCACCCCACCCCUCAAUCAUCAGUAUAAGCCUUACUCCAGCUGGCCUUGUGAGGUAAGCUUUGUACCUCCAUCCUUCAGUGGGAGGAGUUUCUGUUCAUGAGAGCUGCUGACCAAUUUGUAAAGGUUGUUGAAACAAUUUUGAAUUUGAAAGUGAAUUCUUUUAAAUUUUAAUGUGUUCUGAAUAUUGUGUGUAUUGGAUGGAACUAUAGACUGAUUGCAGCUCAGAAUUCACCUAUGAUUUCUUUGCUGGGCCUUUGAAGGAACAAUUCACCAAGUGCCACUCCCUCUAGACUUCCAAAUGUUUUCUUUAGAUAAUGAUUGCAUUCACCUUGAAAUUUUAGUUGACCUUGGCCCUACCACAAGUCUCAGGCCAUGUAAUCUAGGCUCUAACCACUCAUUGCAGAAAAAUCACCAUUACUGUACUUCUUUUGCCAAUUACCAAAGGUUUGCUGUCAGAUUCAUAAGGCAGAGCAGAAACCUCCCCCCAUGAACGUAGGUUUUAGGAAAAGCAGAGUCAUUGGCCAGAAUCUGAGCCAGAACAAUGUUGGUUCCAGUGAGAUUUGUGGCAGUAUCAGAUGAGAAGUCUGUGAGACUCAACUCAAUGUUGAGAGCAUCUCAUGUCGCCAAAUACGCUUGUCACAAUAGGUAUGGCAUGUUUCUCACCGAGUGGUGCUGAGAUGUCAAUUAAGGGGACUACUGAUUGUUAAACACCUUGUUGAUAAUCCAACUUGCCUUAUUAAUAUUUAGAUUUCUGUCUUACCAAAUUUAACAAACAAGCUAGACAUCGAGAAGACUUGUCAUGAACACCAGAGUAGGUGCCUGGCAGAUUUAACUCACUACUUACUCCUAAUAACCUCCAUGUUGCUUACACACAAACUGCAGCUCAGGGCAUGAUCCUUGCACACCUGUCACAAUACCCCCUCAUCCAUGGACAUUGGCACCUGGCAUGUGUCAAAUCCUCAUGACCAUCUUGACACCUUUACAAUACACUUGUAAGCUGCUUACAAAGCAUAAGACUCGCAUUGCAGGGGCACACUGGCAUUGAGUAUCGAAAAGCUGCAAAAGAGACACUUUGCACCCAUGGCCAGACACCCAACUUAUGGAUUGAACCAGGCUGCAUCUUGGGACUGCUCACUUGUGUCUUAGCGCUCAGUCUGUCCCACCCGUAUGCUCAUGCCAUCCAUGCCUUGCAUCGUUAGUGCAUUGAUGCUUCAACCAGAGCUGCUGUAUUAAAGUGCUGUUUAGUGCAGACAUAUAGACACGUUGCUUGGCAUCACCAGGUGAAGCCUGGUUUGCUUCCUAUUCUUUAGAUGUGAAAUGCUACUAGAAAAUCGCAAGGUGGGCAGCAUAACUGUCAGUUUGACAGAUGAAAGUGCUCACAUUGAGAUUUGUCCAAUUGUUUGCCAGGAUGUGAUAUUUCCCUACUGGACAGUGACAAGUUGUAGGUGUCCAGUGCCACUGGGAACAGAGUAGUGCUGACGUAGAAGGUGUUCACACAGAUUGUAACAAUGGAGGAUAAAAUGUGUGGUGCAGUGGUUAAACAGUGAGUAGGGUGAAAGAAUGGGGUGGCAUGUAUGAGGGAGGGUCAGCCAUGCUGGCUAUCUGCUGUGGGCAUUGUGCCUUUGUGAUUAACAUGCCAUGAUAUUGCUAGUGAGGAACAACACUGGAUUGCCAACAGUUGUUCAGGUGCACAGUGGCCUUUCAAAGAUGGUGCAGGUGCAUGGGAUGGCUAAGAAUGUAAAUUCAUUGGCUGUCUUUGAGCAGAUAUCUACAGAGAGGUGUUUUGUUCUGGAAACGGCAUGUAGUAAGAUGGAGCCAAUAUCAUUUGCUGGCAGACCUGCUGAGAUAAUGAGGCAGGUUUGGUAAGAUAAGAAAUCUUGCUAGGUUUUGCAGCAAAAUCCCUUCAUAAACAUGACACAGCUAAAAAAAUUAAAAGAUUCAGCCCACUGUCUUUCUUUCAUGCCAUAAAGUUCAUUCCCUAGCCACUGAUCACAUCUCCUUCCCUGGCAACUGUCUGAGGCUGACUUGUGUCUUUUACAUAUUUAACUAUGAGACGAGCAUCCAACCUCAUCCGCAUCUUCAUGAAGACUUUCUAUUUCUACCUCAGUAACGUUCUCUGACUACACCCCUAACUCAGUUGAUCUGCCUCUGAAACUCUUAUCAAUGUCUUUAUCAUCUGCGAGCAUGUCCAUUAUUUGAAAAUCCUCACCAACAUCCAAGAUAUCCAAACUCUGCUACUUAAGUCAUAACGUGCUCCAAAUCCUAUUCACCAUCUCCACCAUACUCACUAAAAUUGUUCGGUGUUCUAAAAUUCUUAUCUUUGCUUGUUAAAUCCUUGCAUGGCCUUAAAACAUCUUAGUCUUUGAAUUUCCUCCAACUACACAACUUCCUGUUAAAUCUCAGCACCUCUAAUUCUGGCCUCUUGAGCAUCUUUUAAUCUUUCAACCAUAUAACCACGCCUUUGAGAUGCUAAGGCACAGAACUGUCAACUUGUCUUCCCAAACCUCACCAUCUCUCUUACAUCAUCUUAUGGAAAUUCUCAGUGUCAAAUUUUGAGUAAUAAUAUUCUGUGAAACAUCUAAACGGUAGUAUAUAAAUACUGCUGGUGCUGGAUAUCUGAAAUAUAAAGUUCUCAAAGCAUGCAGCAAAUCGGGCAGAUUUUGCAGAAAAUGUUAACGGUGUUUACAGGUGGAAAUUUAUUGCCCAGAGGCAGGUUCUGAGGCUGGUGCCUCAUUUAAUUUCGAGGGAGGGUGAGGUGUGAGGAACCCACAACACCCUCCUUUCAAAUUAGUCCAGGGGAGAUAAAAGUUUGCAGAUUCCCUCUCUAUCGAGAUGGCUUUAAGUGGACAAUUGGGCUUCAUCCUGCUACCGCUGGUAAUCACUCAAUGGCCCGCAGGGGAACCACUGUGUAGACAAGGCAGCAAGCAGACUCACCUACAGCCUUGUAGUGGCAUCUCUCAUUCAGCAGCUCUCUGGGCUUGAUUGUGUGCCUUGAUAAUGGAUGUCCUCUGAAGGCCAGUCCCCUGUACAUUCAUUCAACUACCUCCACUUGCCCCUCACCAGUGACUCCCCUCCUCACCACUGCUAUCCCACCGUCACUUUCUUACUUCAGGGAACUCACCUGAUGAGGGAUCAAGAGAAUUAACUCCUGGCAGUACUGUCAAUCAUGGACUCUGGUUGUAGAUUUCUCUCCUAUUGAGGGAUGUCCUCCUACUAAAUGUCCCUUGUGGGAGACCUGAUAGCAGGGUUCCCACUUAAUUCUCUUAGAACUCCUGUAGUUUGAAUCAACAGCAGUACCACAGGUUUUGUGGCAAAUAUCAGUCCAGCCACCAGCCUCAUUAAAUUCCACCCAGUACUCAAGUCAGUGAAAAAAAUAAAAAGAAUUAAAUCUCUCAAAAAACUGACAGACAGUUUGAUACAGUGACAAACAGGAACAAUACCAAAGAUUAGUGUGGGUAAGAUUAUGACAUAAGGCAAGCCUGCCAAUUUCAUACAGUCUAUUGUAUAAAAAUAGUGCUAUUUCCCAAUGUGUAAAUAGCUUGUUAGAAAUGUCUUAAUAACAGAGA